GACGUGCCGGACUUCCUCCAGGCUCUCUCCAACCACACAUGCCUGGGCCCUGAUCCACGGCUGAAUGCGACUUCUCUCGCGCGCGCAGGCCUCUCCCACACGCCGCCUCCCGGCGGAAGCCAUGACCUAGCCGCAAGGCAAUUGCACUCCGCCUGCCCUGCGCCCGCCGCGCUCGCCGCGCCCGCUGCCCCCGAUGGCUUCGGCCGCUGUGCACAAGCUGCUCCACCAUGAGCGCUCGCAUCCCGACGACCAGCGCGACGAGUCGCCCCAGCCCGAUCCCCACGAGUUGGACGCCAUGGAGCGCGUCCGCGACGACGAGAAGCGCAUGCUGUCACAGUGGGAGGACACCAAGCGCCCCCUGAGCCCGACCCAGAUGCACGGGGAUGCCAGCCGCAAGAUAGUCGGGCACUCGUCGCGAGUCCUGCGCCAGCAAGACUUCGAGCUCAUCAAGACGCUGGGAACCGGCACUUUUGCGCGAGUAUGGCUCGUAAGCCUCGCGAGCCCCAAGGACGGCGCUGCAACCAAAGUCUUUGCGCUGAAGAUUUUGCGGAAAGUCGACGUCAUUCGACUGAAACAGGUCGAGCACGUCCGCAACGAACGAAAUGUGCUUGCGAGAGUAGCAGGACACCCUUUCAUCACGACUAUGGUGGCCAGCUUCCAGGACCACGAUUCUCUCUACAUGCUUCUCGACUAUUGCCCUGGAGGCGAAGUCUUUAGUUACCUACGAAGAGCUCGACGUUUCAAUGAGCCAACAUCCCAAUUCUACGCCGCCGAGAUCGUUCUCAUUCUGGAGUUCUUGCACGAGAGUGAAGGAGUCGCAUAUCGGGAUCUAAAGCCGGAGAAUAUAUUGAUAGACGCCCAGGGACAUUUGAAACUGGUAGAUUUUGGAUUUGCGAAGAAGGUUGACAACAGGGAAACAUACACGCUGUGUGGAACGCCAGAGUAUCUCGCGCCGGAAGUCAUUAGAAACACUGGACAUGGCUGCGCGGUCGAUUGGUGGGCCUUUGGCAUUCUAGUUUACGAAUUCUUAGUCGGACAGCCACCGUUCUGGGACCAAAAUCCCAUGAAGAUCUACGAGCAAAUCGUAGAAGGCCGUGUGCGCUACCCCUCUGCCAUGUCCGCCGACGCGCGCGACCUCAUCGCCGGCCUCUGCACCGUCGACACCUCCAAACGGCUCGGCAACAUCCAAGGUGGCGCUAGAACUGUGAAGGAGCACCCCUGGUUUCGCAACAUCGACUGGGAUGCGCUCUACCACCGCCGCGUCCAAGGCCCAAUCGUGCCGCAUCUCCGCGGGCCCGCCGACACACGCAACUUCGACGAGUACGAGCCGGAGCCGGAGGGGCGGGAGGAAUACUCGGCCGAUAUGCGCGAUAGAUGGGAUGAGUGCUUCAAAGAUUUCUAGACUGGUUAGUGCAGGGGCUUUUGGAUCGGGGGUCCCUUGGAGAUUCAUUGCAGCGUCUUUGGGAAGAAGGAACGGCGGGAUGUUGCAAGGCAGAGGGGCUGUUAUUCAUCGCUAGGGACUGUCUUCGGCGCAACUUGAGGGUUGGGGUGGUUUUAACGUGUUGAUGGUGUGAAUGGCAUUACGAUACCUGGAUGUACAGUUCAUAUUUUGAAUAGGGCUUCUGGGCUUGUAUAUUAGUACUUUUGCAUAUUUUUUGAUUCAUUCG